UUUCUAACAGAUGGGCCCCUGAGGAUGAUGGGAGAAAGAUGGCGCUGCCCUUACUGAGGUGCAGUAGCUGUAACAGGCCCGUUUCCAUUCUGAUCCGGUACUUUACAUCAAAGCCACUUUUAGUGAAUCAGUCCAGACGACUCGCCCCCGUGUCGUCUGCUGUGUGGAAUGUUCGUCAGUACUCUGAGCGGGGGAGACACAAACAGAACCAAAAGGUUGUGGUUGUCGGCAUCCCGAACCCCUUCAUCUGGUUCCGAACCCGCAUCUACUUCUUUCUCAUCCGAACUUACUUCGACAAAGAGUUUAGCAUCGAGGAGUUCACGGAAGGAGCCAAACAGGCUUUCUCACAUGUUUCAAGAUUGCUGUCUCAGUGUCAGUUUGAGUCUCUUGAGGGAUUAGUGGCUAAAGAUCUAAUAGAAAAACUUGAGGAAAAAUGCGCUCAUCUGCCUUUGAGCCACCAGAGGGCGCUGUCAGCCGAGUCUGAUGAGAUCAUGUACACAACAACUGGAGAUGUGGGCAUUUACUAUGAUGAUAGCGGGAGGAAAUUUGUAAGUAUUUUGAUGCGCUUCUGGUACUUAACUAGUGCCAGAAUUCCUGAUGACAGUAUGGAGGGAGCGAGAAUUUUCCAGGUUGCCGUUGGUGGAGAGGGAGAGAGACCAGAGACCAAGAGAUUGCUUACAGCCAAUUAUGAAUUCCAAAGGGAGUUUACCCAGGGUGUGACUCCAGAUUGGAUCAUCACAAGAAUAGAGCACUCAAAACUUCUUGACUAAGUGUGUUGAACUGGGAAUUUUUUUUUUUUUUAUUCAUUCAAUAUUGCUCAACAUGCCAAAAAAUGUAUAGGCAUGAUUCUCUAACCCUCACUAGGAAAAAAAAAAAAAACAUAUUUGUCAACUCCAGAUACUCUCUAUGGACAAUAAGAAGGUUAUGAAUGUUGGUUUCCUGUGUGCUUCAGUGUAUUGCAUCUCACUGAUCUCAGAUUGAGUAUUUUAAUGUUUGUAAAUUUGUAAGGCUCCUCAUUAAUCAGAGUUUAAUCAUAAAAAGGGUUUUUUAAACUUUA